AUGGUCGCAACUAAAAGAUGCGCUUGGGGAACAUGUAAAAAUGAUUCAAGAUACCCGCACCUGCAUAAGAGAAAUAAAAACAAUGACCCAAUUAAAUUUUAUCAUUUUCCUGGUAUUGUACGAUCGGCAGAGAGGAGAAGAAAAUGGAUAAUCGCGUGUCACCGAGGUGAUAAUUUCGUUCAGUGCACGAAAGACAGCUACAUUUGUAGUUUACAUUUUAUCGGUACCAAUGGACCAACGAAGGAAAACCCAGAUCCUGUGUCCGCCGUCUCGAGCAAUGAAAAGGCUAAACGAUUUGAAAGGAAACGACGUAGCUCUACCAAGAGAAAACAACGCGCUUUUGAGAAGGAGGUUGCUGAGGCACUUUUGAAUUUGUCGUCGAGCACAGCGAGAUCUUCGGAAGAAUUAUCUCUUGCCGAAAGUUUAUUAAAUUUGAGCGUGGAAAAAGUCGACGCGAUUGAUGCAAAUGAAGACACUAUUAAUAGUGAACUUAAUGAACUUAAUGACAAACAAAGAACAAAUAACAAAGAACUUAAUGCAUUUAACUCGGGUUGUUCUCCGCCGAAAAGUACAGUGAAACAUAACAGUACAUGUACACAGACUGAUAUUGAUUUGACCGACAUUUCGCUGUACAAAGACUCUGAACUGAAAAAUAUUAAGCGGUUACGAAGGCAGUUGUUUAUGGCGUUGGUAGAUGAUCCAAAAAAUACUUUCCACUACACAGGUUUAACAAAUAAGUCAAUAUAA